AUGUCGUACUUCCUUCCAUCCUAUUUCCAGAAGCGACUGCUCCGAUAUGCCCUUACUCGCCUCGACUUUCUGGAGUCUGACGAACUCGAUCUUGAUAACCUUGGCCUCACCUGGGGUCAGAGGACCGUUGUCGAGUUGAAGAACGUCGGCAUCAAAGUGAACCGGCUCAUAGAUGUCCUCCAGUUACCGCCUUCCUUUACCCUUGCGCAUGCCUCGAUCAGGCUCCUACGCCUCACCCUCCCCGCAGAUCUACAUAUUUCCAGCAUCGAAGUCGAAGUAGAAGGCGUGGAGAUACUGGUUGGAGUGCGAGCAGACGGCCAAGCAGAUACAUGGCGUUCAAAAGGCGGAUCCGCGCUCAGGAAGACAGACCGAGCAAACCUACCCCGGUUAUCUUCGCCUGCGGUACACGAUCCAGGCGGUCGGGCUUCGCAUGAUCGCUCUAGAGGACACCUGGAACUGUCGCAAGUCAUCCCGACCUCUGAAGACUUGGCCACUUCGUUUCUGAAAGAUGAGUCUCCCGAUGAACGAGAAGAGCUCCAAGCGGCACUAGAGUCUCAAUCUCAAUACAUGCAUGAGUCGGUGUCGUCCGCCCCAGGCGAUGAUGUUGGCCUAGGCAUGCCUGGAGGGUUGUCUCUGCCUACCUUUGUUGCCAAUUUCUUGAAAGGAGUGGCAGACCGCUUAUCCGUCAAGGCGCAGGACAUCAAUGUUGUUCUCGAGCUGGAUCUUUCGCUGUCUGAAGGCAUACCGACAGAGCACACAAAGUUCAUGCUGUCGAUAGCAAGACUAUCGGUAGAGCCGUUGGCACAGACAGGUAAUGCCGAUGCGAUCCCCGAUCUCAGGCGGUCAGUCACCGUCGAUGAGCUACAUCUGUUUGUCUUGUCAGAAUCCGAGACAUUCUCGGAGUUUUCUGGGUUUAGUUCCCCGAGACAGGUUAAGUUACGGCCCAGACUCUCACACCCAAGGGGUCAUGGCGAUAACAGCGAUCAUAUCACAUCCAGCAGUGCCAGCCUGAGCCAGCAGUCAGAUCGUUCCAAACUGUCAUCUCCGUCGAGCAACUCUGCAUCCGGGCUUGGACUCGACGAUGCUGCUCUUUCCGACCUGGGAUUGCUAGAACAGAGACCGGCAAGACUGCCAAUCCUGCAACAUUUGUCCGGUGAAAUACAAUCGAUUGACAACCGAGCACAUGCACAGGAACUGUUGGAGUCGUUGCACCAAGAUGCUACGCAACCUGUACAGUCCGAAGAUACGCGGUCUGAGAAUCUAGCAGAAUCGAGAAUGUUCACACACGAUGAGGCUGAGAGCAUGUAUAUGAGCGCAGUGAGCGGACAGAUUGAAAUGCCUGGUGGUUGGGGUUGGUCGGAAACUGCUAUGGAGACCGAAAGCGACCGUGAACACACACAGCCUCCGGUGGAUCCUGAAAGGCAUUUGAAGCAACCAACUCAUACAGCCGUUGAUAUCGAUGAGAGUGUGGAGGCAGGAGUUCCAGAACAGCGCCGGCCAAUCGUUGACCCGGAGGUACACAGUGGUGAGACUGUACUUGAGAGCAGUGUUGCGUCCUAUUUCCGCACGCGCAUUUUACGGUGUGACACCGCGUGCUUGAAGAUUCCUGAAUCACAUCAUCAUGCAAACUUGACUGAGACCCGAGGGCCAGGACUGUCACAGCGUCCAUCUCACACCCUUGGCCCCCAUCAGAGUCGCUCAGGCAUUGAGAAAGGCACAAGCAGCACAUUUCUUAGCGAUUCUCGCCUUCGCGGCCUGCGCUCUCCACUCCAAGCCCAACCCGCUGAAAGCCCAAAGAAUGGCUUCAACGUCACCAUCGGAGAAAUUUCAGUCGACCUGGAUAUUGUGGUUUGCAAAGUUUUGGUGAAAGCCACCCAAGCGAUCUCAGAAGCUCUUCCCACCACGGCUUCCGGUCCUAACUCACCGCUUUCCACUCCCAAAGCCACACCCCCUGAAAUCACCAUUCAGCGAGUCGAUUUUGACUUCUGCGCAUCAGUACCGAAGAAGCCACCAACUAAAGUGGCUGUUCAAACAGUCGAGGCGAUGAUUGCUCCUGAUCCUGCUCUUCUGAAGCUAUCUCUUGCUACAGUAGCACUCGUGCCUCUGUCUGGACCGGAAGGCGGCCAGCGCUUGUCGAUCUCCAAGAUCGUAAUGACUCACGGUACAACGGAAGUCCUAUCGUUUGUGGAUUCGGUAAGCGUCCGAGAUUCGAUUGCGACGAGCUCCAUGUUGAGGCCGCACGACUUUCUAGCAACUAUAUCGAGAAACCGAUAUGACGUGCAGCUCAAACCUGUUCGUGUUGUGCUAGACCUCUUGGUAAUUGAUGAUGUCCUCAGCCGAAGCGGCGGGCUGAGUUCCUUGCUGGACUUGGGGAACUCCAUAAUAUCAACCAACACGGUGAGAGGGGCAGUUGCUACUACAACCUCUGAACUGAGACGAACACGAACGGUACGAUUCAACGACCCUCAGAGGAGACCGCGGGCAGACAGCGAUCCGAUGUCACCUCUACCUAAGGUAGACAUCCGUAUCUCGGGAGCUGUGAUCGAUUUGACCGGCUCCGAAUCCACAGUCCAAAUAAAAACCUCGGCCAUUAAAACAGUCUAUCGCGAAAACAAUGUGAAGUUGGUCAUUGAUGGUGCAGCUAUUGAGGGACCACUUCUAACAGAUUCGACCUCUCGUGGAGACAUCUACGCCAAAGUCCGCAACAUUGAGGCGCACUACUCUAAUUCACCAAACGACGACGAUCUAGACCGACUUCUGUCUCUGAUCACUCCUUCCAGCGACAAGUAUGACCCUGACGACGAUAUCAUGGUGGAUACUUUACUCAGACAACGUCGGAAGGGCGGAGUGUUGCGCCUGACUAUCGGCGACCUCCAAGCUGGAGCCGCUGGUCUGGGUUGGAUUCCACAUCUUACAAAGGUUGCAGAUGAGAUCUCGAAGCUCUCCUCAGUCGCCAAAUAUCUCCCUGAAGACGAUCGCCCGGGCGUCCUUAGCUUUGCCCUUGUCAAAAAGUUCGAUUUUCGCUUUGACAUCGACGAAGAUUUUGGACCUCUUCGGCUGAAAGCUGACCUCAUCGAGGCCGCUCACAUCAAUUUGCCCUCUCUUGCCGCAGCUCAGAUCACCAGCUGGGCCAUUUCACGAAGUGACGGUGAUAUUUUGAUCGGCGAAGUCAUCUCUCAGAGCAAAACGGUUAUGGCACCCCCAAUGUUCAUGUGCCGCUUCAUCGCGGAUGAAAUGGAGCCCACAGUUCGAAUGAAACUUUCCAACACGUGCGUCGAAUAUAAAGUCCCGACCCUGAUGGCCUUGGCUUCUUUGGUUGACCGUCUUAAUGCCAAAGACAAUGCCGGUAAACAAGAUCCGGCAUCGCACCCUUCAAGUCCGGCAUCCUCGGGCAAUGGAGAUGCCAUCAACCUUGCGAGGAAGAUCAGAUUCUCCCUGGCAUUCCGAGAUUCGGCUAUAGCACUUAACCCGGACCGUAGUCCGGCAAAGGGCCUUUUUGUCUUGACUGAUGCUGUUGUACGCCAUGAAAAUUCGAAGCGCGGAUCGACGAAUAACCUAGACAUCAAACGCGCUUCAUUACUCAUCAUCGACGAUGCCUCAACAGUUGGACAAGACUCCGCCAAUGUCGAUCACAAGCUGUACUUCGAGGAGAAUGAUCAGAUUCAGCAAUUAACUAAAGCUGGAUUCGUGCCAGUGGGGACAAUGUCGUCUGCUUCCGCUAUUGUCAACAUUGUCGAAGACAAACUUGCUGGACAGACUCAGUUUGACAUUGAGUUCCGCAAUAAUCUCCUCUUCAUCGAAACCUGCGCUGAUUCGACUCAGACCAUGGUUCAAAUUCUAAGUGGAAUAGCACCUCCUACGCCACCUUCAACGGUCGCCAAGUUUCGUACAGAGGUCCUUCCCAUCCAGGACAUGCUAGCCUCCUUCACAGGCAACGCUUUUGUGUCCGAGCCAGGGCCGGAACUCGGGCUUACAGCAGCAAGCGGUACAGCUGUUGAGGCGUUUUCCGGUUACGAGGAUGAGUACGGCGAUGACGAGGACGACAACCAAUACAUGACAAACAUGUAUGCGGAUGCUGAUGAUGAUGCUGACGAUGAGAUGACCGCAAGCCAUGUGGAGUCCGAUUUAGGUCGCUCGGCGAUUACCGAAUCGCUUCAUAUAGCACCGGUCGAUGCUACAGGUCCAGAUCUCGAGGAGAUGAACGAAACAACCAUGGUACACAGCAUAUUGGAUUUCAGGACGGAUCACUUUGCCCCAAAGACAUCGGUUGGUGGAACUGCGCAUCGGUGGAAUUCGUCUCAAAACACAUAUAGCCUUGCCAGUGAUGCGAUUUUCGAACGCUCCCCGGUUAAAGUCCGAGUCAGGGAUGUCCAUGUCAUCUGGAAUCUCUUCGAUGGGUACGAUUGGCAAUCGACCAGAGACACGAUAUCUCAGGCAGUGAAAGAUAUUGAGACCAAGGCCAUGGCAAGACGACCACGCAGCAGCAGCCGAAAUACUGGAGCCGAGGAUGACGAUGAGUCUGUGAUUGGAGACUUCUUGUUCAAUUCAAUAUACAUUGGGAUUCCGGCAAACAAAGAUCCCCGAGAAUUGGCAAGCGCUAUCAAUCACGAAAUUGAUGACAUGGUCAGCGAGACUGGCAGUUAUGCUACCGGGACCACGGUGACAGCUACCACCUCUCGUCGUCACUCUGGGCAAAUCCCGCGUCAGAAGCGACUCAAGCUCGGCCGAAGCAAGCACCACAAGAUGGCCUUUGAGCUCGAGGGAGUCUCCGUGGACUUUGUGGCAUUCCCGCCCAGCAGCGGCGAGGUUGAGAGCUCAGUCGACAUUCGGGUCAAGAAACUGGAGAUAUUCGACCAUGUGCCGACGUCCACCUGGAAGAAAUUUGCCACUUACAUGCAAGACGCUGGCGAGCGGGAAGUGGGAACCAACAUGGUACAUAUCGAGAUUGUCAACGUCAGGCCGGUAGCCGAUCUAUCCGCCUCGGAGAUGGUACUCAAAGUCAGUGUAUUGCCGUUACGGCUACAUGUCGACCAAGACGCACUGGAUUUUAUGAGCCGAUUCUUCGAGUUCAAAGAUGAUCGCAGCCCGAGCUCCACCGGGCCAUCCAACCCACCAUUUUUACAGCGGGUGGAAGUGAAUGCCAUUCCGGUGAAGCUUGAUUUCAAACCGAAAAGGGUGGACUAUGGUGGGCUUCGUUCCGGUCGCACCACCGAGUUCAUGAACUUUUUUGUGCUUGACCGCGCCGACAUGGUUUUGCGCAGAGUCAUCCUUUAUGGGGUGUCUGGCUUCGACCGACUCGGGAUCAUGCUGAACAAUGUCUGGACACCCGACGUGAGGCGCAACCAGCUGCCUGGAGUCCUUGCUGGAUUGGCCCCUAUCCGGCCUCUGGUUGAUGUGAGCAGCGGAGUGCGAGACCUCAUCACUGUGCCGAUUCGCGAAUACCGCAAAGACGGUCGAAUUGUUCGGAGCAUUCAAAAAGGGGCCCUGGCCUUUGCGAAAACGACUGCCACCGAGUUGGUCAACUUUGGAGCCAAGUUGGCAAUUGGUACACAACAAGUGCUUCAGAACACAGAAGGUCUGUUGGGCACGCAGGAGCAUAAAGACGAUCCUGAGGACGACGACGAGGGAACUAAACAGAUUUCCCUCUACGCCGAUCAGCCCAUCGGCAUCACACAAGGGUUGAGAAUCGCGUACGGGGCGCUCGAACGCGAUUUGCUGAUAGCCAAGGAUGCGAUCGUGGCAAUCCCAGGAGAAGUGAUGGCAAGUGGUAAUGCGAAGGGGGCAGCAAAGGCCAUCUUGAAACAAAGCCCGACCAUCAUCCUGCGCCCGGCGAUUGGGGCCACGAAGGCGGUUGGGCAGACACUCAUGGGUGCCGGUAAUACACUGGACAAAAAGAACCUCCGGAGGAUAGAUGAGGUAGGUUUUGGAAUCUUGCAUUCCAUUCUCUUUUGGUGUGUGAUCUACUUGGUGCUGGCGGUAUACUGA